AUGUCUCUGACCGAGCCUUCCAAAUUGCUGAACUGGUACAAGAGACUCUGGUCUCGUACAGUAGACCUUGUUGGCGACUUUAUGGGGAGCGAGCUGUUCAUAAUUGAUGGAGACUCACUUCUGCUAAAGUGUUUCUCUGACAAAAACCUAGAUUUAUCCCCGAGUUUCCAAUUACUACACUCAACCUACAUUGUUGAAAAGCUCUUACAGAAGUUCAAGCAGCGCAAGUGUGUUUUUGAAGUUGUGUUCUUUGACAGCAAUGCACAAUUUUGUAUCCCUGCGAAGAAUAAUGACGACAAUAACGAUCGAUACCUUCUUGCUCGUGAGGCAAUUAUCCAACACCUCAAUGCAGUCUCUCAAGAAAAAAAACAUGGCUUCGAUGUUCACCUAUUUGAGUCCUACUAUUCUGAGGCCUUUGAAGAGCAUUUGCUGAGUUCAGGAGCGUAUGUUUUCAUGUGCCACGAAGGCACCAUGGAUGAGAUAGACAAUAUCAACGACACAAGCGGUGACGACGACCAUAGUUCGGACGACGAAUAUCAGGAAGACGACGACGAUUAUGAUGAUACCGCCGACAACGAGCUUGAAAAUACGAAGCUUUGUGUUUCGAACUCGGUGAUAGGUCUGAGACUCAUGAUUCAUUGGUUUAUCACGCAUGGAUGCAACAUUGUUCUUAUCAACAACCUUGAGUUUCGGGAUACCAAAAUUAUGGCCAUGGUCAUGCAGGGCGCGGCCGAAGCGAAAGACGCCUCCAUAUCUGAACACGACGUCCUGCGAGCAGAGAUUUCCGAUGCCACCAAAUCCACGUAUACAAAUGAUCUUAGCGUGAUGAUAAAAAAUGAAAUUCUUGAUAUGGCAAUCCAUGAAGAGCCAGGUCUGACGCAAAGUCAAUGCCUAUUGGUUGUGUCGCUAGCAGUCAUGUGGAAGGCCCGCCCGAAUAGCUUCAUAUACACAAUCAAAUUUACUACUGCUAUCUUACAUCUCGUCAUCUUACAACAUAUCAAGCUCGAAGAUCGAGUGAUUCCAGCUCCUGAAAUUGUCGAUACUGCAUUCUUUGAUGCCUUUCUGAAAACUUCCAAGGAUAUACUUACCUCACCAUCUUGGAAAGAGGUGAUGAAACGACACACAUUGCAUUGUGAUCUCUCAGACUUUGCUGAUGGGAGGUUAUUCUUCCAAAUUCAGGCAACGCUAGAAAGUGUCGGCGUCAAUCGCUUUAUAUCAUCGACAACACUGACGCCGUUCAACAAGCUUGCGUCUCUUGUCGACCACCUCUGCGGCACGAAACUUGUCAUCGCAGAUGUCAACAAUGUCACCGGUGCCAUACCAUCUACUAAUCAGACAAGCGACGUCGAACUAGCAAAGGAGCAAAAUCUACAGGUUGAAUUUGAGUCUCCAAAGUUUGUAAAGGUUCUUCCAUUUCAGAAUGCCGUCUUUGAUAAACAUCUCGAACCUGUUCAUCUCGAAAUUGAACCAUCUGUGGAUGAUGAAGUGUCGGCUGCCAAGGAAUUUAUAGAUCUAAACCAUUGGCACAGUUCAAAACCACUCGAUCAGAAAAAGGCAGUUCUGACACCCCGGAAAUGGUGGCAGCAAAAGGGGGAUCAGCUCUAUAUGGCCGAGAUGCGCCACUAUGCGGAGAGUCUACUGGGUUCAGCCGGUAUGUCUCAGACUGAGACCAUUGUUGUUGAGCGCUUCAAUAUCUCACACAAAAAGCCCCCCAUAGCGAAGGAAAAACAACCUUCGAAGGGUAAUAACAAACAGAGGGGUCCUGCAAAAGGACCAACGGUGAGAGAGCAAGCGGCUGCAGCUGUCCAGAAGGCGGUGGUCGAUAGAGAGCAGAAGAAGAGGAAUCAAUGUACGAUUAUCCUUCAAGAAUUUUCGAAGAUCGAAGAUACGUUGGUCCGAUUUUUGAGAGUUGAAAGUUACCUGUCGAGAUUAUCCAAGGACGAUCGCCGCGUUAUGGAGCCCGAAAUCCUCACCUAUCUUCUUGACAUAUUGGUCCAGGCAGUCUGUAAUGAGAACGAUAGUGGGCAAAGAACACUUCUUGCCACACAUAUCUGGAGUGUCUUGACUCGUCUGAUGAAAGUCAGGCAAGGAAUUAGUACUGACAUCUGGAAAUAUGUCGGCAAAGUUUGUCAGCGUCUUGAGUUGCCAUGGGUCCACUUCGAAACCCAGAUCGAGCAGUCUCUAUCAUUCAAGCUGUCGAAUGCAAUAUCUAGCGCGCCCAGAAUCAUGGCUGGAACAGAUCCAGUGGAGUUCCAGCUUCUUUAUGGUGGUCCUUUCAUGGAUCGUAGUAUCGAUUCGGCGCCAGACUCAAGGACUCCCGAUUUCAAUCCUGAUAGUUGGCAGCGAGAUGUGUUGAACCAGAUUGAUCAAAAGAAGAGUGCUUUUAUCGUUGCCCCGACUAGUGCAGGAAAAACAUUCAUUUCGUUCUAUGCUAUGAAGCAGAUUCUCAAAGAGGACGAUGAUGGGGUUCUUGUUUACGUCGCACCUACCAAGGCGCUUGUCAACCAGAUUGCGGCCGAAGUGAUGGCUCGGUUCUCCAAGUCUUAUCCAGAGAAAUCCACUACAAAAUCGGUUUGGGCCAUUCAUACGAGGGAUCAUCGAAUUAAUCACCCCAUGACUUGCCAAAUUCUCAUUACAGUUCCACAUAUCCUACAAAUUAUGCUGUUGGCUCCAUCCAAUGCUAAAACGUGGACGCCUCGACUGAGACGCAUCAUCUUUGACGAAAUACAUUGCAUCGGUCAAGCCGACGACGGCAUUGUAUGGGAACAGUUGCUUCUUCUGUCUCCCUGCCCAAUAAUUGCACUUUCAGCAACCGUCGGUAACCCCGACGAGUUUAACAGCUGGCUCCAACGCGCUCAGGGGACAAAUGGGCACGACUUGAAAAUGAUACAGCAUCAUCAUCGAUAUUCUGAUUUGAGGAAGUACGUGUACCAUGCUCCAACCACGUUCACAUUCGAAGGAUUCCCUAAGCCCCGUGGAUUGAGUAAGCUCGGCCUUGAUGAUGCUGAGUGGAUGGAGCUCAUGCAUCCUGUUCUCAGUCUGACUGAUCGUUCAAGACGUAUACCAGAUGACUUCAGCCUUGAACCACGAGAUUGUCUGACCCUGUGGCAGGCAAUGAACGACUUCCAGACGUCGAGCUAUCCAGUUGAUUCUUCUCUCAACCCAUUUCACCGAUUCGCUGGCACCAUCAUCCAAAAGAAGCAUAUAAUUGAGUGGCAAAAGCAUUUGAAAGAUUUACUUGGAGCAUGGAUGAAAGACAGGAAAUCACCCUUUGAAGAACUCUUGCAUCGCCUUAGCUGGCCUAAUACAACAACCUCUGCAACGGCGACAAAAGAUACAGCAGGAUCAGAAAAGUCAAAAGGUUCAUCGGCAUCAAAGAACUCUACCGUGAUGUCCUCUACUCUUCCACUUAUUUCCUCUCUUCAUGCCCAAGGAGCCCUUCCGGCAUUAUUCUUCAACUAUGAUCGAAGUAUGUGUGAAGAUAUAUGCCACCAACUAUUAACAGAAUUGCAGGAGGCAGAGAAAAAAUGGAAAGCCACAAGUUCCAAGUGGAAAUCUGAUAUGGACAAUUGGAACAAAUGGCGGAAGCAAGAUGUCAAAAAGAUCCCAAAGACUGCAAAAGUUGCUAAAGGGAAAAAAGGCGGCGAUGAUGAGCCAAUAUCCCGCGCAGAUCAGAUGAGGGAGUCAGCAUCCGUUGAAACAAGCCAGUGGGCACUCUUUGACCCGGAAAAACCGGUAGAAAUGUUUAGUCUAGCAGAUUUCAAGAAGCUUCCACCGUCUGAAUUUGCAGUGUAUGUCAAGCAGCUGAGAAGGCGUGAGAUGCCUGAAUGGCUCAUUGAUGCACUUGAGAGAGGAAUUGGCGUUCACCACGCAGGUAUGAAUCGAAAGUAUCGCCAGAUUUGCGAGAUACUGUUUCGAAAGGGGUUUCUACGUGUUGUCAUUGCAACCGGCACCUUGGCUUUGGGUAUCAAUAUGCCAUGCAAGACGGUCGUCUUUUCGGGAGACUCUGUAUUCCUGACAGCCUUAAACUUUCGACAAGCAGCCGGCCGAGCAGGUCGUCGCGGAUUUGAUAUUUUAGGAAAUAUUGUUUUUCAACACAUUCCCACCGCCAAGAUUCAACGACUCAUCAGCUCUCGGCUUCCAGACUUGAAUGGACAUUUUCCUAUUACGACCAGUUUGGUUCUUCGAUUGUUCAUUCUUCUGCAUGGAUCAGGCCACAGCACCUCUGCAAUCAGGUCUAUCAAUUCGAUAUUGUCACAACCCCGUAUUUGUCUUGGUGGACCAGAGAUGAAGCAAACAGUAUUACACUACCUCCGCUUCUCCAUCGAAUACCUGAGACGAAACCAUCUCCUCGAUGAGACUGGCGCUCCAUUGAAUUUUGCAGGCUGUAUUUCGCAUCUUUACUACACGGAAAGCUCAAGCUUUGCUUUUCAUGCUCUGCUAAUAUCAGGGUACUUUGACAAGCUUUGCAAAGACUUUGGGAAGAAACAAGGGACACAACCAAAGAUACUACGUACUCUGAUGCUUGUUAUGUGUCAUCUUUUUGGCCGUGUUCAACUACGCAAAUCAGUAAUAGAGUCUUACCGCAGCGCGGAGAAACGGGCAUCUUCUGUCGUAAUCCUUCCGCCGUUACCAAAAGAUGCACGUAGAAUACUAUAUGCCCAUAAUACUCAAGUACUUGACAUCUAUACUGGGUAUGUUUCCACAUUUAUUGACCAGCAUGUCGAAGGCCAUGAUCGGUCCCUUCCAUUCAGCGGCGUUAAGUGCGGAGGCGACGCAUCGACUAUCGAGCUUGGCUUAUCUCAAUUGCACCAUCAUGCUGCUCCAAAAAUCACGUCUCCAUUCUAUGCACUUUCCGGCCAACAUGACAGUUGGGACACCGUCUCUGACCUUUGCGAGUCGAUCCGCAGCGAUGUGUGGCUCGAGGCUUCAGUUGUGCCGUACGUACCUGUGGCUUCAGAAAGUCAUCCGCUGAAUGCAUACCUACUCGACUUCUUCAAACAUGGUAAUAUCAAGCAGUUGGAAAAGGCAAAUCGGAUUCGUCGCAGUGACAUCUGGUUUCUUCUCAAUGAUUUCUCCAUGGUUCUAGCAACCAUAACCACGACUCUUGAGAACUUUCUCAACCCUCACGGCAAUGAUGUUGAUAUGGAUAUGCUCAAUGUCAGCGGUCGCGGCGACGCAAGAGAAUCUGAGACAGAUGCAGUGUUCGUCGACGAGGAAGUUGCCGAAAUGGGAGCAGAAGCGAAUCAGCCAGAUCGUCAAGAAAGAGUAGUACCAAUUGUUAGUGCUAAAGGCGCCGUUCCUCGUCGUGCUGGCAAAGGCAAGGUUGCAGAUAGUUGGGAUGAUGAGUUGAUCGAAAUGGUCAAAGAAGCCAAUUCGAAGGAAAGAAAUCCCGAUCACGGCCUGAACGGACUUAAGGCAAGAAAGGAUACUGACCAGUCUCGGAGAACUUCCUUGUUAUCGGUAUACAGGGCGUUCAACGAACUCAAGAAUGAGUUUGAUCACAAGUUCAAGGCGAUGUGGGCGUAA